AUGGCGGCUCGGUGCGUGGGGCUGGCGCGGCGCGCUCUCCCCGCCCUGGCGCGGUCUCUCAGGCCGCCGCCUCGGUUGCUGUGCACGGCCACAAAGCAGAAGAACAGUGGCCCCAACUUGGAAGAGGACUCGGGUCCCGGGGAGCAGAAGGCCGACCCUCCCUCCCCGGAGAAGGUGCUCUUGGAGGAGAAGGUCAAGCUGGAGGAGCAGCUGAAGGAGACAGUGGAGAAGUACAAGCGUGCUUUGGCAGACACUGAGAACUUGAGGCAGAGGAGUCAGAAGCUGGUGGAGGAGGCAAAGUUAUACGGCAUCCAGGGCUUCUGCAAGGACUUGCUGGAGGUUGCCGACAUCCUGGAGAAGGCCACACAGAGUGUCCCGAAGGAAGAGGUCCACGCGGACAACCCGCACCUCAAGAGCCUGUACGAGGGCCUGGUCAUGACCGAGGUCCAGAUGCAGAAGGUGUUCACCAAGCACGGCUUGCACAGGUUGGACCCUGUCGGGGCCAAGUUCGACCCCUACGAGCAUGAGGCCUUGUUCCACGCACCGGUGGAGGGCAAGGAGCCGGGCACGGUGGCGCUGGUCAGCAAGGUGGGCUACAAGCUGCACGGGCGCACGCUGCGGCCCGCCCUGGUCGGCGUGGUCAAGGACGCCUAG